ACGACCCUGUCCGCGGUCCGGAGAGGGUCGGCACAGCCGCCGAGACGCCGAAGACCCCGCCGUCCGCGUGAGGUGUAGACGGGGCACUGCCUGCAGAGCAGGUCCUGCCAGCCUCGCUAGAGAGGAUGCCCCCGUGUCCGUGAUGGGCUGUGGGACAAGCAAGGUCCUUCCGGAGCCGCCAAAGGAUGUCCAGCUGGAUCUCGUCAAGAAGGUGGAGCCCUUCAGUGGCACUAAGAAGGAUGUGUACAAGCACUUCAUCACAGAGGUGGACAGUGCUGGUGCUCUCAAAGCCGUGUUCCCAGCAGCCAGUCAGGGUGCAAACCCCUGCCCUGGUGCCCCCGUUAGCAGCCACACAGAACCUCCCUCAGAACCGCCACGCAGGGCCAGGGUGGCUAAGUACAGGGCUAAGUUUGACCCACGUGUGACGGCCAAGUACGACAUCAAAGCCCUCAUUGGCCGAGGCAGCUUCAGCCGAGUGGUCCGUGUGGAGCACCGGGCAACCCGACAGCCCUAUGCCAUCAAGAUGAUUGAGACCAAGUACCGGGAAGGGCGGGAGGUAUGUGAGUCAGAGCUGCGUGUGCUGCGCCGGGUGCGUCACGCCAACAUCAUCCAGCUGGUGGAGGUGUUUGAGACACAGGAGCGUGUGUACAUGGUGAUGGAGCUGGCCACUGGUGGAGAGCUCUUUGACCGCAUCAUCGCCAAGGGUUCUUUCACUGAACGUGAUGCCACGCGGGUGCUGCAGAUGGUGCUGGACGGUGUCCGAUAUCUGCACGCACUGGGCAUCACACACCGAGACCUCAAGCCUGAGAAUCUGCUCUACUACCACCCCGGCACUGACUCCAAGAUCAUCAUCACUGACUUUGGCCUAGCCAGUGCCCGCAAGAAGGGUGACGACUGCCUGAUGAAGACCACUUGUGGCACACCCGAGUACAUUGCACCUGAGGUCCUGGUCCGCAAGCCCUACACCAAUUCAGUUGACAUGUGGGCACUGGGUGUCAUUGCCUACAUCCUGCUCAGUGGCACCAUGCCCUUUGAGGACGACAACCGCACCAGGCUGUACCGGCAAAUCCUCAGGGGCAAGUACAGUUACUCGGGGGAGCCCUGGCCCAGUGUGUCCAAUCUGGCCAAGGACUUCAUUGACCGCCUGCUGACAGUGGACCCCGGCGCCCGCAUGACUGCGCUGCAGGCCCUGAGGCACCCAUGGGUGGUGAGCAUGGCAGCCUCUUCAUCCAUGAAGAAUCUGCACCGCUCCAUCUCCCAGAACCUCCUCAAACGUGCUUCCUCACGCUGCCAGAGCACCAAAUCAGCCCAGUCCACGCGUUCCAGCCGCUCCACACGCUCCAACAAGUCGCGCCGAGUGCGGGAGCGGGAACUGCGGGAGCUCAACCUGCGCUACCAGCAGCAGUACAAUGGCUGAGCCGCGGGGCUGCGGUGCGGACAGGCCGAGGUCCCAGCUUGGCUGCGCGUUGCCGGGCCCCUGGGGCCCCAUGCCCUCUCUGGAGAUGAGCCUGUAUGGCCAGUGGCAGGUGAAUGGCCCCCACCCCUUCCCUGUCCCUUCAGCAGCCCCCAUCCUCAUCCUGGGCCUGAGACUGGUGUGAGAGUGGAGGGAGCCUAGGGGUCUGUGAGCGCUCUGAACUGGGAGCCUGGCCUGGCACCAGUGCUCUUUUUGGUGGGCAACUGCUCUGCUAGAAGUUGGGGAAGGGGUAGGACAUGGCCUUUAGGCUCCCUUACCCCUUGGCUCUUCCCCAAGACCAAAGAGGCAUGUAGUGCCAGGCAGAGGGUGUCCUGUGGUCCCAGGACUCUUUGGGACAGUUACUUCUGAAACCCUCUUCACUGAACCUUCUUUGGCCCCCCAUAUUCCAUUGCAUCCUGAUCUGUGCCCCAGUGAGAGGCCCAGGGAGGCACAAAGCUUGUGCCUUAGCUGGACUCUCAGCCCCUGGCUAAAUCCAGACAGUCUCCCACUUCCCACCCAAGAUCUGCCUUCCUUCGUGGUGCCUCCAGGGACCCCUCCUGGCCUCAGGACUGGCUAGAACCUCUGAUGGUAGGGCCAUGGCAUGGUCCUUGGCCCUUCUGGACUAUGUGGCCAUGUUGGUAGCAGGCUUGC